AUGAACAACAUGGCAGGCAUGGCAGGCAUGGGCGGCCCGGUCAACGCUCCCAUGGGCAUGAUGAACAAUGGCGGGCUCGCGCCCCAAGUCGCCCAACGCCAUGGCUCUGACCAGCACAGGACGCUGCUCAACACAUACAUCUACGAGUACUUCAUCCGCUCUGGCAUGUGGGAAUGCGCCCGUGCUGUCCUCAACGCCGACAGCGACAUCAACGUCAAGAAGCAAAGUCCGGGGCAUAGCAACGGUCUCGGCGACGACCCCAUGGACACAGACUCGAAGGACCUCCUCGAUAAGCGACCAGACGACCUGCCCGCGCCUAACGUGCCCGUGCAUGUCAACGAGAGUUGCUUCUUGUUUGACUGGUUCUCUCUCUUCUGGACCAUGUUCUCGCAUCAGAAGACUCCCGGCCAACCCGGAGGACAGAUUGUCAACCAAUAUGUUCAACAUACUCAGCAGCAAUACCAGAACCACAUGAUGCGCAUGCAAAAUGGCGCCGCCAUGAAUAUGGGUGUGAAGCCGGGCAACAACCUCCAGAGGGCCGCCAUGGCCAACAACCAAAACCCUCAAACGAUGCAGAUGCUCCAGCAGAACAAGGUCGCCGGCCAGAUGCAACGCGACCCCUCCGACAUGGAAGGCAACCGGGUAAGGCCUGGAUCGCCAGCGUCGGCCGAGAAUGCGCCAUCCCCAUCCAAGAGACCGCGCCUUGACGGCGGCGCCCCGUUUAAUCCCCAAGCGGGCGUCAUGAUGCCGAACGGGAGACCGCAGGGCAUGCCGGGUCAGCAGCAGGUAGGAAACGGCCCCGAUUCAGCACGAGCACUACUGCUUCAGAAUGGCAUCAACCCAACGCAGCUGAAUCCUGACCAGCUCCAGGCCUUCAUCUCUGCCUCUCCACACGUACAAGCAAAGUCUCUUGCCACGUACUCGGCUAACCUCCAACAGCACCAUGGCAACCAGAUGCCCAACAAACCCAUGGCAAACGCCGUCGGUCCACAAGGCCAGGGCUCCCCGAUGGUACCCCAAGGUCCCGACGCCCCAACUCUGAACCAAUACUACAAUCCCAACGACAUGGGCGCCGCCGGCAUGAGGCCCGUCCAAGGCAACGGGCAAGCGACGGGCGGUAGCAACCAUGCGUUGCAGGACUAUCAGAUGCAGUUGAUGCUGCUCGAGCAGCAGAAUAAGAAGCGGCUGAUGAUGGCUCGCCAGGAGCAAGAUCUUGGCACCAACAACAUGCCUCGCCCUGACGGACCCCCCGGCGGACCCCCAGGACCCAAUGCCCAAGGCUUCCAGCAGGGCACUUCCCCGCCAGGAGGCCGAAGCGGUGCUUCCCCCAACCCCGAGCAGAUGAAGCGCGCCCAGCAGAUGAACAACGCUGCCAACAUGGGCGGCUCUCCCCUUCCCGACGGAGCGGUCCAGUCCCGAAGCUCCCCGAACGCCAUGAACUUUAUGGAUGGCAACAACAUGGUUCCCAACGGAGGCCCGCAGUUUAUGAACAUGCAGAUGAACGGUGCCGGCAUGCGCCCUCCAAACUCGCACCCGAACCCGCAGUUCAACCCCCAACAGCAGCUGGCUCACCAGCAAAUGAUGGCGCAGCGCCAGGGGCAGGCCAUGCAGGGUCCGGGAAUGCAGUGGGCUCCAGGCGGGCCUAACGGACAACUCCCCGGCCAAGGACCUCCUCCUCAGAUCCAAGGAACACCAACUCAGGCGCAGCGGACGAUGGGCCCCCCAUCGGCGCCCAAUGUUGCUGCGAACGCUGCAAACUCUCGCAACGCCACAUCGUCACCCCAAGUGAGCACCGCCGCCCCCCCUACCCCACAGGCUGCCAAUAAGCCUGCGCCGAAGAAGAAGGAAACCAAGAAUUCCAAGGCCAAGACCGCACAGAAGAAGACGAACAAUAACCUCAACAACACGGCGGCCACGCCUGCCGGCGACGAGAAUGCGCAGGAGGCGCCAACACCAGCGACGCCCAUCACCCCGUCGAACCCGGCCAACUUUGCAAAGAACCAGAACAUCAACGCUGGUCCGGUGGUUCCCAACGGCCAGCCAGCUGUCCAACAGCCUCCUCCCCAAGCGCCACCAGUGGCCGCCCCUCAACAUCAGGAUCCUAACAAUUUGUACAUGGAUACAGGCGCAAUGGAAUACCCUCUUGGAUUUGCCGACCCCACGCAGUCUAACGACGUUCCUGACCGAUUUCGACUUUGA